AUGGAAGUUACUUCUGCAAUCCAUCGUCUCUAUCUCUUUCACCAAGAACCCAGAUUCUCCUCUUUCAAACUCUUACGCCCUCAAACAGGAACGACACCUUGUAAACAUCCAUUUCUCAAUUAUGCUUCUCAAAGAAAUGUGUUGAGGGUAUCAUUUUGUCCCACUGGAUCUCGUUACUGUUACAAAUUGAAUCUUCGAAAUAAACUCCCCAGGGAUGUGGUUGUAAGAUCCGAUAUUACUGCGGCCGGGUCUGCAGGAGAAGGCUAUUCAGGUCCUGAACUCAAAUUGGAAGCAAAAGUUAGGGGAGUUUGUUUUUAUGCUGUUACUUCCUUUGCUGCUAUAUUUCUUUUUGUGUUGAUGCUGGUUGGACAUCCAUCUGUGCUCCUGUUUGAUCGUUACCGGAGAAAGUUCCAUUAUUUUGUUGCUAAAGUCUGGGCUACGCUCACUGUGACUCCGUUUUUCAAAAUUGAAUAUCAAGGGUUGGAGAAUCUUCCACCUCCAGAUACUCCUGCCGUCUAUGUUUCCAAUCAUCAGAGUUUUCUAGACAUAUAUACUCUUCUAACUCUGGGAAGAAGCUUUAAAUUCAUAAGCAAGACUGGGAUAUUCCUUUUUCCAGUUAUUGGAUGGGCAAUGUUUCUUUUGGGUGUUAUUCCUUUGAAGCGCAUGGAUAGCCGAAGCCAGAUGGAGUGUCUUAAAAAAUGCAUGGAUCUGAUCAAGAAAGGCGCCUCUGUUUUUUUCUUUCCAGAGGGAACACGCAGUAAAGAUGGAAAGUUAGGUGCAUUCAAGGUGAGUUUGUAUCACGAUUACUGUAAUAAGGUAUCAAAAUUAUAG